CGUUUUCGGUACUAUGGUCGUCGUCUUGUGUGUUCAUAGACCGUCUUGGUUGUCGACUAUUAGGGAGGAGUUGAGGGGUACGAAAGCAACCUGGAAGUUAAAUGUGAGGAGCAAGUUAAAUUGUUUACCUCAAAACAGUUCGAAGACUUUGUUCAAUCGACCAAUUGUUGACUUUU